AAGACGACGUAUCUUCGUUUAUCUUCGAAAGCAAACUUUUGUGAUCAACGUCCAGCCAGGAACUCUUUGAACGAACUCAAGUUGCCCAUAAGAUCCAUACACCCGUGGCUUGGAGCUUCAAUUGGUGUUGUAUUCCGCGAGAUCUUCCUUUGAACAACUCUUGGCAAUGGCGAGUGAAUCCAGUGAAUCUUGCUUUUACCAACUCUUGGAUAAUGCUUUUGCGAGCGCAAAUGUCAUGGAAGCACCCGAAUCCGACUCUGAUUCGGAAUAUGUCCUGGACUUUGUUCCACCCGACUCUGAAACUAACACGGAAACUGUUGAAGUGGGUGGUAUUGCAAGGGACGCAACACUUGACUCUGACUCGGAAUCUGGUGAAGUUGGUGGUCAUGCAAGGGAAACAAGAAGAGACACGGAAGAAUCUGAAUUCAAUGUUCCUGCAACACGUGCCAACGCGGACGUUCCUGCACCCGACUCUGACUCGGAAACUGCUGAAGAGGGUGUUGUUGCAAAGGCAGCAACACGUACCACUGAAGAACCGCCACACAAGAAGGUAAAGACAUGCACCAAGUUGGAGCCUGAUGUGACCCUUCUGGUUGGCAAUGAAGAGUACCAAGAGUACAGUCAAGCACUUUGCAGCUGGAGCAAAUACUUUGAAGAUGCGCUGACCAGUGGCACGAAGCGAUUCGAGAUACCAGACCAUGAUCCCAAGGAAUGGGAAAUGAUUGUUGCCAUAACAAAGCCACUGGCCAAAGUGAAACUCACCCAGGAAAAUGUUUUCAAGGCUCUUCCCUGGUUUGCCCUGCUAUGCUCACCUCAAGGUUUGCAGGAAUGUGAAAGCAUCCUUUUGUCACUGCUAGAGGAUUCCUCUGUCUGCCAUGAUAUUGUUUUGGACAUCCUGGAAGCUAGUCUAAUCUUUUGUCUUGCAGAAUCCACGGCCAAGAGCUUUGCCAAAGUCAAUAUCAUUUUGGCCAGUGCAGGAUUAAUGGUAGACAAGGCAUGGGUUGUGCAAUUUAUUACAGUUGUACAAGGCCAUCAGGAUUGCCUGGAUGCAAUGUGGGAUAUCCUUGGAGAACUGGUGCCCAACACUCUCUCAGGCCAGCAAAAGAAUGCUCUUAUUGAAAAUGGUCUUCUCACUGAAGUUGUGUCCACAAAAAUGGAGGCACUCCAUUUCAAGGCAGCAAUCAAGUCAGUGAUAUCCGCAGUGAACAAAGAACGUUCAAAACCUUCUAUUCUAACGGCAUUGAAACAAGACAUUCAAUUCAGUCCCUGGAAGAAUCAACUGAAGGACUGAUGGAUGCUGUCUUGUCUUAUUUCACGUCAAUCCAAUCGAUGGAGAUUUCUCGUUUGCACAAGAUACCGCUACAGCUAUAAAAUUAUUGAUAUAGUUUCAACCAUAACGAGUAUAGAUUUUUUACUGUCAUUUUUAAA